GCUCAUCUAGAUGUUUACAAGGUCGUGGUUGAAACAUCAAGAGAGAAAAACCAUCUAGCCUCUUCAAGACAGCUCUAAUUUUUCAUAUAAUAAAAAAAGAUUAAAAAAAAGUUAUUCAACAAUCACGAUGGCUAGUGGAAUUGACUGGGGUAACUGGGGCAGAUAUCCAAAGGAAUAUAAUCCUUCAGUUCAUGGAUCCUUUGAUCCAGCAAGAUACUAUGGAAAAGCUGACACUGCUUUUGGUGAUGUCAAAAUUGGUGAACUUGGUGCAUGGGUAUCACGUCGUGAAAAAGGACCAGUAAAGCUUGCUCAAAUGAUUGGCAGAGCUUACUGGCGUUGGCAACACAAAUACGUUCUUCCAAAGAAAGCUGGAGUUGCUCCAUUUUUCCAGGUCACCUGUUUGGCAAUGGCCUUCUUCUACGCCAUCAACUACCCCAAACUAAAACAUCAUGGACACAUGAAGUACCAUUAAAUCUGAAUAUAUAACCUAAUUCAUCAACAA